AUGAUGCUUCCUCGGUGUACUACAUGGCUAGCACUGCUUCUCGCAGUAACCAACACUGUCGCCCAAACGACCACAUCGUGCAAUCCUACUGAGAAAACCUGUCCGGACGAUACAGCGCUCUCAUCUAGCACCUACACACAUGACUUCACCACAUCUGGUGCCGAUGACAAUGCGUGGAACGUCACUGCGGGAAAAGUGACCUACACCUCCUCCGGCGCAGAGUUCACCAUAAACAAGCCCGGCGACGCGCCUACAAUCCAGUCAAAAUGGUAUAUCUUCUUCGGCCGCGUCUCCUUCUUCGUCAAAGCCGCGUCCGGGACAGGAAUCGUGUCGUCGGCGAUCCUCGAAUCCGACGACCUCGACGAAAUCGACUGGGAAUGGCUCGGCGGCACCAACUACGCGUCUACCUGUCAGAGCAAUUACUUCGGCAAGGGCAAUUCAUCGAGUUACGACCGCGCCGCCUGGGCAGCAGUUACCUCCACGCAAACCACGACCCACAACUACACCAUAUCCUGGACCUCGAGCGCCACAACAUGGUACAUUGACCAAGUCGCCGUGCGGACACUCGCCUACGCCGACGCCGUCAGCGGCACAAACUACCCGCAGACGCCCAUGAACAUCCGCAUCGGCAUCUGGGCGGGCGGCGACAGCGCAAACGACCCCGGGACCAUCGAGUGGGCAGGCGGCGAAACAAACUACGGCGACGGACCGUACACCAUGUACCUCGAGAAAAUCGAGGUUGUCAAUGAGAAUCCGGGAGCGAGUUAUUCGUACGGUGAUCGUACGGGGGAUUAUACUAGUAUCCAAGUCAGCGACGCCGAAGACGCUGACGCGGCGAGCGUGUCUUCUAGCUCCUCUGCGUCGACGUCGGCGUCGGGAAGUGCGCAGAGCAGUUCCGCCACGGCAUCGUCAUCGGCAUCGGGGACUUCGGCUGCUUCUACGACUCCAGCUGUCUCUACGACUUCAGCUGCUUCGACGACGGGCUCGCUGACGGGUACUGUGCGGACGACUCCCAGUGCGUCGUUGUCGGCGCUUGCUCAGGCUGCUGCGAGUCCGGCAGUGAGGGUCGGUGCUGAUAUCUGGCGGUAUGCUAUACUCGGCGUGCUUGUGUUGGUUUGCGAGGUGGUGUGGUAG